AUCGAUUGCUUGGCAUCUCUGCUUCUUAUUAGACUAUUGAUAAAUACAAACAAGAAUUGGCUUGCAAAAAAUCUAAUUUGAAUUAAUUAACUCCACCUGAAAAUGAACAUAAACUUGCCCAAUUUUAAUAUGAAGAACCUGGUCAAGGAGGCGGGUAGCACAAUAUCACGAGUGGUCCAGCUAACGGAGGAGAAAUUGGGCACCACCGAGCGCACCGAGUAUGAUAUACACUUUCAAAAUCUAGCAGAACGCGCCGACGUGACCAAAACAUGGACAGAGAAGUUGGUGCGCGACACCGAAUCGGUGCUUAUACCGAAUCCACAGAAUCGCGUCGAGGAUUAUAUAUUCGAAAAGAUUGAGAAAUCGAAACCGAAACGGCUCAGCAACUUGGAGCAUCUGGCGCUAGACAUGAUUGAGGCGGGCGGCGACUUUGGCCAGGACAUGCCCUACGGCCAGGCACUAAUCAAAGUGGGCCAGGCCGAGCAAAAGUUGGGACAGUGCGAGCACGACUUCAUUGCCACCUCAGGCAUAUGCUUUACGCAACCGUUGCGUAAAUUUCUAGAAGGUGAAAUGAAGACCAUCAGCAAGGAGCGCGGCAUACUGGAGACGAAGCGCUUGGACUUGGAUGCGUGCAAGAAUCGCGUGAAGAAGGCCCGCAGCAUGCUGGGUCAACAGGCGAAAGAUGGCAUUUCGCCAGAAGCUGCCUUGGAACAGGCGGAGCGCGACCUGCGCGUGGCUCAGGCCGAAUUCGAUCGUCAAUCGGAGAUCACCAAGCUGCUGUUGGAUGGCAUCAGCACAUCGCAGGCAUCGCACUUGCGCCAUCUGCACGCCUUCAUCCAGACCCAGGUGCGCUACUACAAACAGUGCGGCGAUGUCAUGGAUCAACUGCAGCGCGAGCUGGCCAAAAUGCAGCCAGCGAAGCCACGCCUGCGCAUCAAUAGCGAAGAUGUCGACGGGCCUCCCAGCAUAGCUUCGGCUCAUUCCUGUGAUUCAGAUACCAAUUCCACUCCAUUAGCACUAGCACUAGAUAGCGAUUACGAUUAUGACAAUGAUAAUGAUAUUGAGGGCUAUAAGACCAUUGACAUCGGUCCGGUCAAGACGCUCACGCAUCUGCUGGAGGACUUUGAGAUAGAGUUCGAUACAAGCGCAAUAACAACAGUCAUCUUUGUCGCCGAAUGCUCACCUGUAAAUGAGGACUACAUGUACGGUAAGCAGGGUCUGAUGAAGGGCCUGGUGCCGCGCGCCUUUGUCGAAAUGCUCGAUGAGGAACAUGAGGUAACUCUCUAAGUGGAUGGUCUUAAAUGCCAGCAACCAAAAUGAAAAGACAAAACCCAUAAUCAAGAGAACAAUCAUGAUACACAAAAAAAACUAAAAACAAAUACUCAUAAACAUUUAGAGCAAAUGCAAUUGGACAAUUACUACAUACUUAGUUCAUACAUAAUACAUAUGCAAAUUAUGCAAGAGAGUACAAUAAUUUAUCAGAAUAUACAUAUAAAGUAUACAACAUAUAUACACAUACAUAUUAUAUUAGAAAGAAAGGGCAUUGCGCCCUAGCUUAGUCCAUGUCGUUUGAUCAGUGUGCCUCAUGUAACCCACAAAAUGCAUUCCAAUCACCCAGCAUUUAGAUAUACAUAGCUAAAUGAUCUAUCCUUGUUACUUGCUCAGCUUUUAAACAGAACAAAAAAAAAAAACAAAAUAUUUAAAUAACUAUAUAUUUAUCAAUACUUAUUCGGAUAUAAAGAAUCUCCUCCUUAAUAUGAAAUUAAAUGCAAUUGUUUUUUAAAAUUCCUAAGAACUCUAUUAUCAAAAUCUAUAAAAGAAAAACAUUUACUAUUUUUCAACUUAUAUUUAUAUAGUGCAAAAAAUUCCAAACAUUUUCUAUUGUUGUUAAACUAAAGAAGCCGUUAUUAUUAAGCUUCUCAAUCUCACAUUGAACAAAGUAUUAUAUUUUGUGUUAUUUUGCUAGUUAUUUAUUCGUUAGUUAAAUUUAAAUUGUGCUUUAAAUAUACAUUCAUGAGAUUGUUAAUACUACUAUUCAAAAGAAAAUAAUUUAUUUAAGGUUAAAUAUACUUACCUUUACUGUUUUCUUUGCCUGCCUUUGUUAAAUUUUGGUGCAAUUUUUCCCCCAAAGUCAAUUAAAUGUUGCUAUUUAAAGUUUAAGAUAUGCCCAAAAAAAAAAAAACACCAAGCCAAGCCAGACUUAGCGCUAAAUCAAAGUAACAAAAGAGAUAACAAAAUUGAAAUUAACGUAAUUACUAAACGUACAAUACCAUAAAAAAAAGAAUAGAAAAGUAAACAACGAUUUUAGGUUUUCAACAUUGAAAUGCGUCUAGAGAUGGUUUUAAAAAACAAGCAAGCACACCAUAAUUUACUAUGUGAAACAAAUGUAUUAAAAUAUAAAUAUAUAAAUAAUAAAGAAUGUUAACAAUAUGCAACCAACAA